AUGUACGCCGUGAAGGUGCAGGACACCGUUUGGACCCUGGAAUCCGGGAACCACAAUCACUCUGUUGAUCCUAUGACGUCAUGGCCCAAACAGACUAGUCGCCCACCAAACAGAUUUGGGCUGCAAAGAGAAUAUACCGUCAAGCGAACCGAAUAG